AUGAAGAUCGAAGUGAAUAGAAAAUUGAGAGAGAAAUAUAAAAACAAAUCCAUAAUCAAUACAUUACUCUUAUUAAGCAAAACGUCCGAUACUUUGCGUAAUUCAAUAAUCAGUGAACUGGAAGUGCCUUUAAGUACUGACAGCCAGUCUUCGUCUCCGGGCGACGGAACUGAUACUAACAGUUCCCACACAACCACCACAACAGCCAUCAGUGGUGACAAAAUACCCGAAGACUUAGAUUUGCAACUGUUUUCAUUAGACCAAAAGCUAUACAACAGCUCCGAUGGCAUCGAUUUUGGCCACAAUCACCACAUUAUCAACAAUUACCACAAGAACACCGAAGAAUACGACCGUUCGCUGCCUCUCAUCGCCCGACAGAUAGCCGUAAACGAGAUGAACGACUCGGAGGUGAAUAUACUGAAAGAGCUAUACGAGGCCACAGUUGUGCUCAGACACCCGUCAUUAGACACCGUCAAAGAGAUCACUGACUUCGAGGAGCUGAAGACAGCGACCACUUCCAAGUUUGAGUACGAGAUCCGCAAUUUGAUCAAAAUGUGCAAACAGUUGAACGCGUUUCACGGCAUCUGCGAAGAGGACAAGAUAUCGCUACUGAAGUACCGGUGCUUUGAAGUGAUUUUGUUGCGAACGAUCACUAUAUUUGACUUCCAGUCCAACGACUUCAAGAUGUUUGCCGACGAGAGCACUUCAAUAGUGUUCAAAAUAGACUUAAUUAAACACACAAAACGAGGCCUCUAUUCAGAACUCAACGAGUAUUUGCGAUUUAUUGGCCCGGAAUGGGAUUCAGACCCCAUUAUACUCGAAACGUUGAUGGUUAUAUCGCUAUUCAACCCCAACUGUCCAAACCUCAUACACAGGGAAGUUGUGAAGUUUCAACAGCAACUGUAUAUGCGUUUACUUCACCGCUAUUUAAGGCACAGAUAUCGGACGGAAAGCGAUAGGAAAUACAUGAAACUCAUGAAUACGGUUACCUUUGCCAACACAUUGGGCCACAAACAACGGGGUAAUGUCACCGAUCGUGGUCUCGGCUCCUGCGGACAACUUAUCGCCGAAAUUCUCGACCUCAAGGCUUAACCAAUACCUCAUUUGAUGGUUAAUUGAUUGAUUAAUAUACUGUACAUCUAAACCAUAUGACCACAUGCUAUCAAAUUACCAUGAUCACUGUUGAAGACAUCACACCCGCCGGUCUC